CAAAAUGAUAUUGGUAAGAAUUAAUGGUGACAAAGUCAAAUGUUAAUAAUGAAGGGGGCAUACCAAAACCCUCCUCCUCAGUCCGUUCCUCGGCCUGCUGUUUCCCUAUAUAAACCAAGGAAUCUUAUCCCUCCACUGCCCUGUCAAAACUAUAUAUAUUCGUCUUAAUUUUAUGCACAUGUCCCUUUACUUUCUUUCAUACUCAUAUUCUUGUUAGUACAGUAGUGUAAAAUAUUAUAUUCCUUUCUCCUUUUUUCAUCAGAUAUUCAUAUGGCUGAUAAUAACCUGAAAAUUGUUGUAGAAAGAAACCCUCCAGAGUCAAAACUCUCAGAGCUGAACAUCAAGUGUUGGCCCAAAUGGGGUUGCUCUCCUGGAAAGUACCAGCUGAAAUUUGAUGCAGAGGAAACAUGUUAUUUGCUGAAAGGGAAAGUGAGGGUAUACCCAAAAGGUUCAUCAUCGUUAGAGUUUGUAGAGUUUGGUGCAGGAGAUCUUGUCAUCAUCCCAAAAGGUCUCAGCUGCACUUGGGAUGUUUCUGUUGCUGUCGACAAACACUACAAAUUUGAGUCAUCUUCACCUUCACCAUCACCAACACCACCAUCUUCUUCUGCUUCUUCUUGCGAGUAAUAUCAAUCAUUGUAAUUCUAUAUCUUCACUAAUUCUUUGAAAUUCAUUUAUAUUACUAGUAGAAUUAUUCCUUUC